UACAGUAUGUUGUAUUCUUUGAAUAUCGCCUAAUUUUUAUGCUAUCAUGUCUCGUAAAUCUGCUGGAAAACGCAAAAAGAAUGAAGAUGAACAUCUAGACUCGAUAAUUGAUGAAAUUAACACCAUUACAGGUGCAGAGUCUUCUAAAAGUAGAAAGACUCGACCUGACCACUCAAGUAAAAAUAAAGAUAUUGACAUCGUGCUGAGAAGAGACGAAUCUGGCCAGCGAAUAUAUCACAACCCAAGACGAUUGUCGCAAUCUAGUUGGGCAAGACGAGGCAGCAAUAUCACUGCAAACAAGGAAGGAUUUGUCGAGACAGACUCUGUGAACGAAAGCAAUCCAGAGUCAGUGGAAUACACAAGAUUGAACGAACCUGUUGAUCUCUUAACUGACAAAGUAGAUGAACAUUCUGAAACUUUUGAGCAAGGUACAGACCUUGAUGCAAUCAUUGAACAGUGUGAGGAAGCUGUUGGUGAAAUGAAUGAUAAUACCACUGUGUGGCAAAAACGAAUAAACAAUCUUGAGGAAAACUGGGAGAAUGCUAGAGGAGCCAUAUUUCACAGUGUUUUGUGUUCAUUUGCCCCUCCCACUUCCUCAUUACAUUGCUCUAAAAUUGAUUGCCCCAAUGAUGCACAAUUGAGGUGUAAGCAGUGUGGUGUUUUUCAAUAUUUAUGUGUCAACUGUGAUGAAGAAGUACAUCAGUGUCAGCCGCUUCAUGAUCGUGAAGUUUGGAUUAAUGGGUAUUUUCAAUACAUUCUUCCAACUGAGUCAAUAACUGAUGAUGGAAAGCUUGUUCCUGUUGGUCGUGCAUGUCCUCUUCUUUACCCAACAUCUUGCUUGGUGUGCGGGGAAUCUACUUUGAAAACAUUGAACAGCUCAAAAGUUAUACUCAUCACAUCUGAAGGUCGUUUUGACCUCAAUUGGUUUAACAUACACUGUUCAUCAUGUCCUUGGCAAUGGUCACCAAUUUCGUUUGACUGUAUAGUUCAAAGUGGUUUUUGGCCAGGAAGUCCUGCCAAUGUAAACUACUUGUUUCAUCAAGAGCUGUUCCUUCUUUGGGAUGCCUUCCGGAAGCAAAUGCCAGGCUCCUCACAAACUGCUUUUAUAAGAAGCUUGGAAGACAUGUCUCGUUCCAAAAAAAGGGCAGAUGUGAUAACUGCAGCAACAUUUCGGAAGGCCUUUGCAGAGUGGUGCUAUUGUCAAUUUGAACUGGCUUCGCUACAACUUCAGGAUUGGAGAAAAUGCCCACCAUGCAGUGUUGACCAACACUCUUGUCAUAUUGAUGGCAACCACAAGGUUUAUAGAUAUGAUAAAGUAUCAAGGGGUACAAGUCCUUCUUAUUACAAUGACCAUCUGAUUGUCGAAAAUGCGAAAGUAGAUUCUCACAUAAGAAGCUUGAAUUCCAAAAUCACGAAGAAAGAUAUGAAAGAAGAUAGUUCUUGUGGUGAUACGCAUUGGAAAGCUGCAAAAGCUGUGUCGAAAGCGAAGAAGAACCAAGAUGAAACUGGAUUGGUAGUGGCUGGCUGCAGACAUUCUGUUUGUCAAGCCGCCUUGAAUAUGUUUAGAGGAGAAGUUUAUGGUUAUGCUCACUAUCUACAUUUAAACUUUGUUCAUCCAAACAAUGUUAGGUUCUUGUGGGAAGAUGUGAUAUGUAAGUACUGGCCAUGGGCUAAGCGAGUCACUUCAGAGCAAAACAAGAUGGCAUUAACUGAUACAAAACCAGCCUUGUCACUCAUGCAUGGAAAAUCGCACAGUUGGAACUGUCAGGUUAUUUGGAGUGGAAGAUGGCAAGAAGGUGCUGCUGCAACUCCUGGGGAGGAAGUUGAACAAAUCAACAGCUAUCUCUCCAGACUUGGAUCCACCACCAAGAAUAUGAUAGCAUCAGGUCGCGAGGAUUGCAUCACUGAGCAUCUAUUGAGUUGGAAUAAGCGAAAAAUUUGUAAUCUACCUAAGCUGUUGGUUCUUCGCCUGAAAAAGACGGAAAAGAAACUCGCCGAUGCGAAAACGGAACUUGCUACGUAUGCACGUGAGAUUAAUUUAUCAGACGCUGAUUUGGAUGCCUCAGUUGUGUCAUGGAAAAGAGAUGUUCAGCAGUUUGCUACUGGUACGACUAAUGAUUGAUCGUGUUAAGGCAUUGGUGGGCUUUUGCCAGUGGAUGACGUGCUUCGACUUGUUUGAGGCGUUUCACGGUCAGACGACGAGCCUUCGACACGCUGUCUAGAAAACAGUGAUUUCAUACCGUGUUUGAACAACUCCCGGGCUGCUUUUCCAGUUUUACUUUUCUCUGAUAUAAAGUCUGCUCCAAAACCAGGAGUAGAUGCAAAAUCCCACAUAGUCUUUCCACCAGUUGAAGAUGGAUGGCAAUACAUGACAACUACGUGGUAUCCGUGGUUCUGGUGAAGUGUCAACGCCUGUACAAUAAAAAUUGCGUUGCUGUUUACAUUGGAGCCACAAAGCCUUAAGGCCGACACACACCGAACGCGAUCCGCCAACGCGACGCGAUCUGUAGGAAUUUCUCAGUUUUUAACACUGAGUAGAAAACUCGCGUCGCGUUGGCCAAUCGCGUCCAGUGUGUGUGGGUCUUUACUCACGCUUAAAUUGGCCGACAUUGCACAACAGCAUCAGCAUCAAAAACUGGUGCUAGUUGUUCAAUUGUUACCUUACGGCCCUGUUUUCGCCAUACCAGAUUCGCAUCGUCGCGGCAUCAAUUUACGUCAUUUUACGGCAUCCCUGAUUAUAGGCUUUUUUCAGUUACCUGACCUCGUUAUAUAUA